UUCUUACUGCUCGGCACAUUUUGUACGAGCGCUUGUCAAAAUACGAGUAAAAAAAAAUUCAUUUCCCUUUACUCAUAUACUGCGUGAUCUCCGCAACGUGAACACACACAAAAAUUUCGAAAAAAUUCAACACACGAAAAAUUGUACAAAAAUUAAGUGAGAAACAAUCGGCGACCAUCAGACACAGUGAGGAGGAGGUGUGUGUGCAAGCAACAAGAAGCGGACGUAAAAAAAAAAAAAAAAACGAAAGAAGGAAGCAGCACUAGCAGCAAUCACUUCAAAAGAAAAGAAAAAAAAGAAGCACCUCCAAAAAAAAAAAAAAAAUAGAAAACUCGUGGACAAAUAUCGCUUCAUUUACCCCGCCUUCCUCCGUUGCCGCCGCCACCGCCACCGCCGCCCACCGCGUUCUAUGGUAUUUCAACAAUAAAUUCCGCUCGUCAGGCCAAAUUACGCAAAAUAAUCCCCCUAAUUAAAAUGAGUAGCUCCGAGGAAGUCUCCUGGGUCACCUGGUUCUGUGGACUUCGUGGCAAUGAAUUCUUUUGUGAGGUGGACGAGGACUACAUACAGGAUAAGUUCAAUCUAACCGGUUUGAACGAGCAGGUGCCCAACUACCGCCAGGCCCUGGACAUGAUCUUGGACCUGGAGCCGGAGGAUGAGCUGGAGGACAAUCCACUACAGUCGGACAUGACCGAGCAGGCCGCCGAGAUGCUCUACGGCCUCAUUCACGCUAGAUAUAUACUAACAAAUCGCGGCAUCGCCCAGAUGAUCGAGAAGUAUCAGACUGGCGACUUCGGACACUGUCCACGUGUCUAUUGCGAAAGCCAGCCCAUGCUGCCCUUGGGUCUGUCCGACAUCCCCGGAGAGGCAAUGGUGAAGACCUAUUGCCCCAAGUGCAUUGAUGUUUACACACCAAAAUCGUCGCGCCACCACCACACCGAUGGCGCCUACUUCGGCACUGGAUUUCCACACAUGCUCUUCAUGGUGCAUCCCGAGUAUCGUCCCAAGCGUCCUACUAAUCAGUUUGUUCCAAGGCUGUAUGGCUUUAAAAUACACAGCUUAGCUUAUCAAAUUCAGCUGCAGGCAGCAGCCAAUUUCAAAAUGCCACUACGAGCGUUUACAACGGGAAGACCAAUAGACAACAAUACUACACAACAACAACAACAACAGCCACAACAACAACAACAGUAGCAACAACAACAACAAGAACCAUAACCACACUGAGAGAAAAUAGUCGGGAAAGACGGAGAGAGAGACAACUGUAUUGAGAGUUUUAUAAACGCCAGGAGCAAAGAUUCAUUUAUACAAAUAUAAAAAACAAAAAAGAAAACAAAAAAAAUCAUUAAUUUUGUUUAUAUUUUGCGAGAGAGAGAGAAAGAGAGAGAAACAAAUCGAAUCGUAGAGAGAUCCCAACAGUGAUAAAGGAUAUAAGAGAGACACAAGCAUACUCCCCACACACUCUUUCAAAAAAAAUAACCUCACUUUUCAACUAAAUUCAAUUUUUAAUUCAUUUUUCUUUUUAAUUGUAAAUUAUUUUUUUUUUUUAUUUCCUUUUUUUAAUAAAUCAAUCUCUAGUGUAUAUAUAUAUAUAUGUAAAUGUGAGCAAAUAUUUGAAUAUUUUACAAAUAUCUGCACUUAAGUUUGUUUAUCUAAAAAAUAGGCCGAAAAUGAAAAGCCGCAGUUUCCCCCCAUCACACGUACAUGUAUCUAUAUAUGCGAAUUAAUUUUUUGUCUUAGUCAAUUAACCAAUUUAUUUUUUUUUGUAUUUUAUUUAGUAAUUUGUUCGUUUGUCACCUCAAUGUAUAUGUUUUUUGUGUGGAGUUUCAUAACACUGGCAGUGCAACACGACCAAAAAAGAAAAGAAAACAAAAAAGAGAGACUCGAAAUAACGAAUUAGACAGAGAAUGAUAAUAAGAAAGAAACAGAAACAGAAACAGAUAACAGAAACAGUAAGGAAGAACAGUUAUGAAAGUAAAAGAAAAGGAGGGUUAAGAAAAGGAUAUACUGAAGAAGCAAUGUGAGGAAUAGGUGAGGGAAAGUGUGAAAGAGAGCGAGAGAGAGGGAGAGAGAGAGCGAGCGAGAGCGAGAGAACGAAAGUAAUUUAACUUAGAGAAACAACGAUUAUAAGCAACGUAGUACUUCCAAAAUAAGAAAAGCAAAUACCGAUCAGCAUUUAUGUAAACAAAAAAAGCUAAUAAAUACCCUGUAUAAAUCCCGUAGCAGCAAGUAACGCCUCCUCCAGCCAGUAAGCCAUCAAAAGCCCCGAAGCCAGCGCCGGCAAGCAAGAAAUCCUAAGGAUAAUCUGAUAAAUCUGAAUGCAAAGAAAAAAAAAAAAAUACAGUUACAAUCAAGAAAUAUCACCCAUAACCACACACCACCACUACCACCACCCCCCACUCAUCAAGAAAGACACACACACACAUACACACAUACAACACAUAGACAUUCGCAACCCAUGUAGCAGAGCAGGCAAGAUGAUGAUGAUGAUGAUGAUGAUGAUGAAGAUAAAGAUGAAGGAAUAAUGCCGCCUGGAAGGAACAAAGGAUAAUGGAGGAGAAGACGAAGAGAGACGAUACACAAGCAGCAGCAGCAUCCCACGCAACGAUCGAAACGAACGAACGAAAAGCUACAAAAAAAAAGAAAAGAAAAGAAAAGCCCGAAGCACACACGAACACACGCACAAAUGCAACACCCCCCGCAUCACCCCCACACCACCCACACUCGCAAGAAAAGCACGCACAAGAGAAAUGCUGAGGAUAUAUGUGGGGUAAAGAAGAAGAGUUGCAAACAUGUUCUAACAUGUCCCACACACAUUCACUCAUAAACACUGUAUAACGGCAAGUGUUGCCUUAAUCGUUCGUAAAAGCAAUAAUUGUAGUGUGACCGUGUUCAACAAUCAAUCAAUCAAAUCAAAAAAAAAAAAACCAAUUGAAUUGCAAAACGAAAUUUAAUAAAUGAAGUAAAGAAAAGCCAGCAACUAAAAAAAAUUCCAUUGCAGAGUGUGUGUUCAGUAGCGUUAAUGCGAGAAUAAUGCGAAAAAUGCUUUGACUUUCGAUAUAUUCGGCAUUCCGCAGUUCGAAUCUAAUUGUAGCGCAGCAUUAAUCGGUAUAGUUUAGUUUCUUAAGGGUCCAAAUAUUCAGAAUAUUUUCAAAUUCAAUUCUGCUGGAUACUGAAUUCCCCCCUUAAGAUAUUUAUUCUUGUUGUUUUUUUUUUUUUCGCCAACCCUCCCCCGCCCCCUAAUUAUAAACUAAUUGUAUUGUAGAUCAAGAGAUUUUCCGAAUUGUACUAAAGUAGAAAGGCAUAUCUUUUGCCAAAAAAAAAAAAAAAACAAAUGAUUGCAAUUUGUUUUUAUUAUUAUAUAUUUUUUUUCGUUGUUAAGAUCAAUAUGGGAAUAUUUGCGUAUUCAGAAGAGUGCGUGAAACAAAAAUAACACAAACAAUAAAACGAGAAGUGAAGAAGAAACGAGAAGUUUUUUAAGAAAAUUAGAAAUAAAAUAAAAAAUACAAAAAAAAAAUGAAAAAUAUAUAUAAGGAAGUCUAUAUAGAGAUCGAUAGAAGGCGAGGACCGUUGAUAAGUUAAUCUGAGAAAGUGUGCAGAAAACUGUUUACAAUUAAUAUGAUGAUGAUGAUGAUGAUAAUGAUUAUGAUUAUGAUGAGAAAAAAAUAAAUAAA